GUGUCACAAAUCCAAAAAUGGCGUCUGAACAAGACGAAAACGUUGUAAUAGAAAACUCAGGGCGCCGCACACGCUCUGGACGUCCGCCGGCAACAGCAGCACCAACGCGAACCACACGUCGCACAUCCAAGCGCCAAGCACAGUUGAGUGAUCAAGAGGAAGAGAACGACCCAAUUAGUCAACAAAUGAUGGCGCUGACCGAGGAAGACGAUCAAGAGCGCGUAGCAGCAGAGGAGGCUCAGUAUGAGCAACUAGACGACGAUGUUGAAAUGCUGGCAACGACCGAAACAACGGGCGGUGUAGAUGACAAGAGUUCCUCGUUUCCCUUUGGUGCCGUUGCCGAACAACAUUCGGAGACGAGUGACGAUGUCAAGGAGAGUAGACGCAACGAAGAUGGUGUAGAUACAUCGCUCUUGGCCUCCCUGGUUGGUGAUAAUGCCAACAGUCUGCCUUCGGUAGCCGGCAAUGAUGAGAGCGAUAUUAACAAAAAAUCCGACUUUGAAUCGAAUGUGCCCGAUGCACUGCAGCCGCUUGGUGGGAGCAAGCUCAACUCGUCGGAUGAUUCGAGCUCACAUCAUGCUAUUGCCGAGAGUUUGGGCGAUGAAAUGAUGGACACAAGCAAUGCGACUAUUGUGAAUACUGAAAUCAUUUCAGAGGAUGAGUUACCGCCACCCAGCAAGCCCGAGAUCAAUGAUGCCGAAGAGGUAUCCGAUGAGGAGUUGCCGGCACCACAGCGUGCUGAGCUGCCAGCCGAUGCUGAAGUCAUAUCGGAGGAUGAAUUGCCAACGCACAACAAUAACAACAACAACAAUGUUAACGAGCUAAAGACGAGAGUAAAGCGAAAAGCUGGGAAGAAUGUUCAUGUGCCACAGUCUGCAAGAGAUGACGACGAGCAGAGCCAUAAUGAAACGAGCACAAAACUUAAAUCAACUGAACAGUAUAAUCCCGGCAGUCCAACAUCAGAGAGUAAUGAUGCGCAGCCCAUGGAGAAGCGUGCCAGAGUAGAUGAAGCAGAUGUUGAGCAUAACGACAAGGAUAAAGAGAAAGACCCUCAAAAGAAGGAGAAAGAGCGUGAUAAAGACAAAGAAAAGGAGAAGGACAAAGACAAGGAAAAGGACAAGGAGAAGGAGCGCAAAAAGUUGCCCGAUCUCGACAAAUACUGGCGCGUUGUCAAAGACGAUGCAUCCGACUUUACCGGCUGGACAUAUCUGCUACAAUACGUAGACAGCGAGUCCGAUGCUGAGGCGGCGCGCGAAGCUUACGACACAUUCCUGUCGCAUUAUCCCUACUGCUAUGGCUACUGGCGCAAAUAUGCGGACUAUGAGAAGCGCAAGGGUAUUAAGGCCAAUUGCUAUAAGGUAUUUGAGCGCGGCCUGGAAGCCAUUCCGCUAUCGGUGGAUCUAUGGAUACAUUAUCUGAUGCACAUCAAGUCGCACCACAGCGACGAGGAGCAAUUCAUCCGCAGCCAAUACGAGCGAGCUGUCCAGGCAUGCGGCCUCGAGUUCCGCUCCGACAAGCUCUGGGAUGCCUACAUACGUUGGGAGAACGAAUCGAAGCGUUAUCAGCGUGUCGUCCAGAUAUAUGAUCGUCUGCUCACGAUACCCACCCAGGGCUACAACGGACACUUUGACAAUUUUCAGGAUGUUAUUAAUCAGCAUGCAAUAACCGCCACCAUUGGCAAUGAGGAGCUGUUGCGAUUGCGCAAGGAUUGGCACGAUCGCCAAUUGACUAAAUCCUCGAAAUCUUCGUCCAGGAGUCGUCGCGAUAGUGGCAGCUCCAAGGAAGCCAAGGGUGAGCGUGAAAAGGAACGUGAUCGCGAUGAGAAGCAGAAGGAAACUGCAGCUGAUGGCAGUAAGGAGCCCAAGGAGGCCAGUGAAACAGCUGUGGAAGAAUCCACUACUGAUCUGACCCUCAGCGAAUCCUCAGCCACAUCGAAACCGGCGCCAAUUGAUUUCAGCGAUCUCAGCACACUCAACGAGGAGGAAAUUACUUCAAUCAAGGACAAAGUCAUUUCUGCGCGUCGCAAACUGCACAAGUUAACCGUUGGUGCGGUCACAGCGCGCUGGUCCUUCGAGGAGGGCAUCAAGCGUCCAUAUUUCCAUGUUAAGCCAUUGGAGCGUGCCCAGCUGAAGAACUGGAAGGACUACCUGGACUUUGAGAUCGAGAAAGGUGAUCGUGAACGCAUCCUGGUGCUCUUUGAACGCUGUCUCAUCGCGUGCGCUCUUUAUGAUGAGUUCUGGCUAAAGAUGCUGCGCUAUCUGGAGUCGUUAGGUAGUAUCGAGCACAGCCAGAAUACAGUGGAUAUAACACGAGGUGUCUAUCGGCGCGCCUGUCGCAUCCAUCAUCCCGAGAAGCCCAGUCUGCAUUUGAUGUGGGCCGCCUUCGAGGAGUGUCAGCUCAAUUUUGAUGGCGCCGCCGAGGUGCUGGAGCGCAUCGAGCAACGUUGUCCAAAUGUGCUCCAGAUCUCCUAUCGCCGCAUCAAUGUGGAGCGACGUCGUGGCGCCCUGGACAAAUGCCGUGAACUUUACAAGCAUUACAUCGAGGGCACCAAGAACAAAGCCAUUGCCGGCAGUUUGGCCAUCAAGUAUGCCCGAUUCCUAAAUAAGCUGUGCCACGAUCUCGAUGCCGGCUUGGAAGUGCUGCAGCAGGCGCUCGAACGUGAUCCGGCCAAUACACGUGUCGCCCUACAAAUGAUCGAUCUAUGCCUGCAGCGGCCACAAGUUGUUGAGCCCGAGAUCGUUCAGAUUAUGGACAAGUUUAUGGCACGCGCCGAUAUUGAACCUGACCAGAAAGUGCUUUUUGCUCAGCGCAAAGUUGAGUUCCUCGAGGACUUUGGCAGCACGGCCAAGGGAUUACAGGAUGCACAGCGUGCACUCCAACUGACGCUCAGCAAGGCCAACGAGAUGCAAAAGAAGAGCGAUACAAGUCCAAGUCGCAAGAACUCCACUGGUGGCAAAGAUGGUGGCAGUGCCACUGGUGGCGGCUCAUCUGCACCACUCGCUGCCUAUAACAAUGGUGGAUCGGCAGCAGCGGCGAAUGCCAACUACAAUUACAAUUCGAUGAACUCCGGUGCCUAUUAUGCCCAGCAGCAGAACAGUGGCGCCUAUCCGCCACAGCAGCAACAGCAACAGCAGCAGUCGUACGACUCAUAUUACAGUCAAUGGGGUGGUGGUGGUGGUUACGGCUCUGGUGGCGCUGGCACCGGUGCCAGCUAUAAUUAUGGCCAGUGGAGCGGCUAUGUCAACUACUAUUAGACACAGACACAGACCGUUAAAUUAGUGGAUAACAUAACGAUAUUUGUAGUUUUAUAAUGAUUCUUAUUAAAAAUAUGUAGCAUACGUACGUAUAUAUAUAUAUAUAUAUA